AUGCGAAAUUCGACCACUGUCAAUAAUCUCCCGGUGGAACUACUCCUCGAGGUGUUCACAUACAUCGCCCAUCUCGCCCUUCACUGCCUUCCAUUCGGCGCCGCUGCCAGGUAUUAUCAGUGGACGCGACUCAUGCUCGUAUGUCAGCGUUGGCGGGCCAUCAUCGUCAACGCAUCUCAGUUCUGGACCGCCGUCGACUUCGUGGACAACUGGAAUUGGGUAGAGCUUUGUCUAGAACGCUCAGGGCGGAGUUCCAUCGACGUACGCCUCGUCGGACUUCCUCCCGAGUUACUCAAGGCGGCACUUCCACUCCUCGUGGCCGCGAGCGUUCGAAUUCGAAGUCUCACAUUCCAGAGCUACUCGGAGACAAUAUCCAGCGUAUUCCUUCAGCAGCUUUUCAGCCCACCCAUGCAUGCGCUAGAGAACCUGUCCGUCUCCCUUAAUUGGCGAGACGACGAUCAGCCGAAGGUCAACCUCAGGCUGUCUUCCGAAAGGCAUCCGAGGCUACGAUCUUUGGCACUCGCCGGCACGCCCCUCCCUAUCGAGCUAUCCGUGUACUCCCGGUUACAAUCCCUCGCUCUACACGAAAGGAGUAUCCCGCGAGAAGGCCUUUCCUUCCAGCAUCUGAUGCGUAUCCUCCGCAAGGCCUCGUCUCAGCUACGGGAAAUCGACCUCUCUCACGUAGACAUCCCGCUUCCCCAGGUCGGCGGGCCUGACGAACUCGACCAUCUCCAAGACUCUCUGAUUCACUUCCCCGAGCUAAGCAGCUUCUACAUGGAAAACCUCGACUACCUCGCUGCAUCUCGGAUACUCGAAAUGCUGGAUUUACCCGUCUGCACCUAUUUCCACCUUCGCGUCUACGCCAACUCUAUGAUCAACCCGGGGUCCUUCCGAUCACACCUGCUCAGACUCAUUCCGCAGAACAUCAGGCCUCUCCUCAGUACCUCUGUCGAGCUUGUCAUAUCGAUGACUGCCAACACGUACACAGUUAGGGACCCCAGCGUGCACGGUCAACAUGCGGUGGACCUUGGAGACGCACACCUACAUCGCGUGUACAUAUCUGUCUCAGGCCUAACCGUGCUGGAAGCCCAGGUGGACGACAUCGUCCAUAUCGCCGCCUUCCUCCACCUCACCACGUUGUCCGUAUUUUUGACCGGACGUCCCGUAUCGGAAGCGAGCUCAUGGAAGACACUUUUUUCGGCGUGCCCGAACCUGCGGACGCUCGACGUCGCGGUGCACCCUCCUAUACCCCUGUUCCUCGCCCUCACUCCGACUCCGGCUGCGACGCUCAUCCCGUGUCCGGGACGCUUGGGGAGAGCACCUACUGGCGUUCCUCCGGGCACGCUUAGGAGUAGCGUGCCGGAUCGUGGGCUCGCGGCUACGCUUUUUCGGCGAGAGAUCCAUCAUGCGACAUGCGAGCCCAUCGGCGUCGCGAAACUCGUUCUGAGCGAUAUGGUGAUACAGUGGAAUUACUCGGACUCUGGCUUGAGGAGAGUUACUCGCAAAGGCAUCGACGUCUUUCCCCCCAACUCCGCGGUCGGGUAG